AAAAUUAGUUUCAAGGUGUGUUCACAUAAUCUGUGCGCAAUCGAUGCGGGAUGCGAAAUAGUUCAAAUGAUUAAGUAGUUCGUCCGGUUGCGGCGGCGAGGGGUUGUUUUUCCGUGCGCUUCGAGCAAAAGUUCGUUUUCUAGUUUACCGAAGAUCUAAAACUCCCCGGCGAAAUCCAAUUUAAAAAAAAAACAAAUGGAGCGAGUCGGGGAGCAGCGGAUGAGAAGGAGCCGCAGGAGGAGAUCUCGGCAGCAGGGUUUUCGCGUCCUAGUGAAAUCGCUGACCAUAGUCCUGGUGGUGACUGGAAUCAUGAGGAAUCUGCUGAACAGAUUCGAGCAGAUAAUGAACGCGGCCGAGGUGAAGGAGAUCGAUCUGCUCAUCCAUCAGACUGAAGGAACAGUCGACCACGACAACUACACCUACUACAGUCUACACGAGGAGGGUGCACUUAAGAUCAUCCUCGAAACGAAGAACGGCGACGCCGAUCUGUACAUCUCGUCCAGCAGGAGGCCGCAGUACUAUCCGGAAUCGUACGAUUUCGCGUCCACCACGUGCGGCAUGGACUUGGUGGAGGUGCCCGAAGAUCUGCGAAGGCCGAUUCUGGUGGGAGUGUACGGACAUCCGGCGCACCGCAGGAGCGCCUUCACCUUAUCCAUGUACGUCAACUUCCGGCCGAACGAGACGUACCGGAAGUACAAGGCCAGUCGCAUCGGAUUUAAGGAGAAAUUGAAUUUCAUCAUACGAAACACGGCGAUGUGGCGCGUCUUCGAACUGAUCGAAGGGGUUUUCUUCAUUAUAUAGGUGUACGUCGCCGCCUUUCGUUUAAUGACCUCCAUCAUCCUGCAACUCACCUUCAUACUCUCCUCUACCGGUUGCAUAAUGAGAAUCUUCUAAACUACGAAUCAAGUUAUUAAACGAAAGGUGCGACGGCUCGGAUCUAAACAAACACCAACCAUGUACAUAUUAUACAUAUAUCUAUAUUAUAUAAAAACAAAUUCGAAACGAGA